GAAAAUACGCCACCGUUUUUAGAAUUUCUUUUUUACCGAGUCCGCAGCUACCCAAAGCCCAAUCCGCCCACCUCUAUAAAUCCGUCUUGGCCCCUCUUCCUUCUGUUCUUCCUCGUGGCACCUUUCCUGGCUUUCUUCAACCGGAGGAUUACUCCAGGCGUUCUGUUGUAGAAUAAUCGUCGAAAUUUGAAGAUGAAUCAGUUUAAUCUUCAUAAGAACGCCAUUGCCUCCUGUGAUCAGACAGAGACUAGAGGCUUGGUUUCAAUAUUUGAUUCCAAGGGUCCUGUUGUUUGCCCCAAACCCCGUCGAGUUGGAAUUCUAGCUAACAAUCCCAGCAGGCCUUUGAGAUGGCACAUGAGUCAUCAAGCUGAGAUGUGUGAUUCAAAAGCUGGGGCAGAGCUUCUGGACAUUAUCCUCAUGAAGGAUGGUCAUGGGACUGAACAAUCUGCAAACCAUGUAGCCUCGCCACUGCCUUUUUUUUGUGGGUCUCCUCCUACCCGGGCUGCUAACCCAGUAAUCCAAGAUGCCCGAUUUGGAGAUGAAAAACUUACUCCGGUGUCACCAUUGUUGAUUCCAUCACCUUCAAGUUUAUCUUCUCCAACAUCACGCAAAGGAGGGUGUGUGAGAAUGAAGUUUGGGCUUAAACCAGCUGCAGUUAGAGUAGAAGGAUUUGAUUGCCUCAAUAGGGAUCAUCAAAAUUCCAGUAUCCCUGCUAUGGCUUAGAACUCAUAAAAAUUAAGUGUACAUAUAAGGAAGUUAAAUUGCCACUAGAUUCACAAAACUCAGCAGACUUAACAAGAGGGAAUUUUGAAUCUUUUUGGGGAGAGUUAAGAAUUGCUAUAAUUAGUGUAUAUAUAUGAUAUGGUUUUGCUGGUGAUUAUUGCUAAUUUCUCUGUAAUUAGUUUGGUUGAAGAAAGAAGUGAAGGGGCAAACCUUGUGUUCUUCAGAGAGGUUUGAAUGUGUUUGAGAGCUUAGCUCUUUUUGUAAUGUAAGAUAAGAGGGUUAGUUUUUGGGAGGGUCAUUUGAUGAUCACCAUGAAAAAAUUUGUGUAUAGUUCCUAUUGGUGAUUGAAUUUUUGUCAUUUACUCUGUGAAUGUAAUUCAGUAAUUGUAAUGUCUUGAUCCUUCAUUCCAUC